GUUGGGGAAGAGUUGUUCAUGUCAGGGACGGCUGGAGCCUCAGCACACAGAGGACUGUCCCUCCUGGAUCACAUAAGAUAAUGGAUGAGAAAGAGCUGAGUGAUCCACUGAAUAACGUUUCGUUGAUCAAAGAUGAGCUGAGCAGAUCAAACAUGGGCUCCUCUGGUGACUCUGAGAAAACGAUCCAGCGCUUGAACGAUGAGCUUCGAGAGGCUCAGGAGCUCGCUAACGCAGAGAAGAAAAAGUGCCGCGAGCUCCAAGGCGUCCUGGAUAAAGAGAGGAAAGAAAACAAACAACAAGCUGACGAAUCUGCAAAACAAAUAAAACUCCUUCAAGGCCAGCUGCAGCAGCUCCACGAUGAGCUGGGCCUUCUCAGAGAGCAGGUAGACGUCUCUCGCAGUUCACGAGAUGACCUCCAAGAUGCACGAGACGAGGUGAAGUCACUGAAACGUGCUCUGGAGGCGGCCACCGCAGAGAGGGACCGUGAUGUCGCUUCGAUCCAAUCCAACCUGGCGACCGUCUCAAAGGAUCUGGACAAGUGGCGUCAGACGGCCAACAAGUACGAGCGAGAGGUGGACGGCCUGCAGCGGGACUUGGAGCAGCAGAGCAAGCAGUGGCAGAAAACAGCAGAAAUACAAGCCUGUGAGCUGCAGUCACUGCAGAUGGAGUGCAGUGGUCUUCAGAAAGAGUGUUCAGUCCUGAGAUCUGAGAAACAGGACGCAGUGAAUAAGCACCAGGGGGAGAGGAGCAACUUGCAGAGUGAGUGUGGUUCUCUCAGGGCAGAGAAGGAGGAAAUCCUCAAGAGUCAUCAGAAGGAGCAGGUCAACCUGCAGAGUGAGUGUGCAGCACUGCGCAGUGAGAAGGAGGCCGUGCUGCAGAAACAGCAGCAGCUGGAGAAGGACCUUAGCAGUUUACGUGCUCAGAAUGCUGAGCUGAGCAGCAGCCUCAGAGACCUCGAGCAGUCCCAGCAGGAUGUGGAGAAGAAGCUGGAGGUGCUGCAGCUCCAGCACCAGCAGGACAGCACCAAGCUGCAGACCCAGCUGGACGAGGCGGACAGCCGCAGCACGGCUCUGCAGAGAGAGUUCACGGAGGCUCAGAUGGAGUUGUCAGAUCUGAAGGAAAAGUGCAAGAAGAGCGAGCACGAAAAGCAGCUGCUCACAGACCAGCUGGAGGAGUACAAGGCCAACAUGGAGGACCUGCAGGAGAAAGGGUCAAAGAAACCGUGGAUGAUCUGGGCUCCUGUGGUUGCUGUGGCUCUAACAGCUGUGACGGCUGCGGUACUCCUCAGAACCUGAGAACAACUGUCUCCAUCCUGCACACACGAGUUUACCCACAGCUGUCAUCAGAUCCUGCCCUCUUAUCAUAUCUGCACUGUUUUCUGGAAGAGGCUCUUAUUUAACUUGUUUAACUCUUAAGAUGUUUUAUUUUAGACGGCAGAGACGGUAAUAAAGAAUGUCAGGUAUGUCUGUUAUUUGACUGGGUUUUAGUUUUGUUAAGUUUACCAGUUUGACCUGUGACAUCAUCACUUAACGAAUGCUAGAAAGUACACCGCUUAGCUAAUUUUAUUUAUCUGUGAUCUUUCAGGAGGAUCAUGUGGAGUCUGAGCAGCACUUCUUUGUAAUUCUAAAACUAACUAAAUGAGUCUAACAGCAGCUGAACAAGUAGUUGUUUGUGGUGGAUAAGUCGAAGUUUUGCAGAAGUUCUAGUAAAACUGGACCAGUUACAGAGUUUAGAUGCACAGGUUUUGAUUUUAGUUCAUUUUUCAGAAAAGCGUCAUUAAAUAAAACUGCAGCAA